CACGUGACGGGCUGGGUGGAUCGUAAAUACGGAAGCGCGGAAGACGGACAUUUCUGCGGCGGUUCGGUUCUGUUCGGCUGCACGAUGCACAGACUGCUCCUUGCGCUCGCGGCAGUUCUCUCCGUGGUUCUGACUCGCGUGGACGGAGACUCGCUACGAAUGAAGAGAUUCAAAAACCUGCAGGUUUCCAACUUCGACUGGAAGAACUGCUGGAAGCCCGACGCUCCGGCGCUGCUGAAGAGCCUGACCGUGUCUCCAGACCCCAUCGCCAUCCCAGGGGAGCUGACCGCCGCCGCCUCCGGGUCCACGUCUGUGGAACUGGACGCUCCGUUAUCGCUGAACGUGACCCUGAAGAAGGAGGUGGCUGGGAUCUGGGUCAAGGUCCCAUGUUUGGACGACCUGGGCAGCUGCCACUACCCGGACGCCUGCGACCUCCUGGACCAGCUGAUCCCGCCCGGGCAGGACUGUCCGGAGCCGCUGCACACCUACGGCCUGCCCUGCCACUGCCCCUUCAAAGCCGGUUUGUACUCGCUGCCGCAGUCGGACUUCUACCUGCCCAACGUGGAUCUGCCGUACUGGCUGACCAACGGGAAGUACAGGGUCCAGGGAGUCCUGGGCGUCCCGGGCCAGGAGCUGGGCUGUUUGGAGGUCGCUCUGUCCGUUCACUCGGACUGAGGCGCCGACCGGGCACCCGGCGAGCGACUUUCAGAGUAAAAGAGGUGUUUAGGAAAUCACACAGAGCUUGUUGAAGGAACCAGGUUCUAACUGUUUGCUGGUUUCCUGCAGAAAUCCUCCAGAUUCAGGAAAACGGGUCCAAAAGAUCUGAAAGAAAACGUUUCCUUUUUUUAAAGUCAAAGUGUCAGAUGUUUUUAUUUUUGAAAUCAAAGUGCCAUCUCUGAAAGUUUUCCUUUUUUAAAUGCUGCCUGUUUGGUGAAAACUCUGAACAACACAAACUCUGAACCACAUGCUGGACUUAAAAGCUGAAACUCACGGACCCACAAACUGGUUCUGUUCACGAAGAACCUCUUCCUAAAACCCCAGACAGGGACUGAUGCAUCUUCAGUAGAGCUGAUGAAGCUGAGGGGCGGCUCCUUCAUCAGUGGAAAAUCCUCAGUUUGGACCGGAACCUUCUUCUGGACACAAACAGAACAGGGUCGUGAACAGAACCUCGUUUUAACAUCACUUUCCCUUCAGACUAAUCAAUACCUCCAUUCCUGCCGUCACAAUUUGAUCAAUAGAGUUUAUUUUCUGAAGAACAAAGACAGUUUUUAUACAGAAAUCUUACAUUUGAACAGGAACUCUUAUUUUGACAGUUUACUUCCUGCUGUUCUCUAAUGUUAAAGCCUUUUUUCAGUGGAAAUAAAGUUUCUUUGAUCUCA